UCCACACCAAAGCAGGGCUUCAGAGAGGCGUUUCCCGAGAGCACGCGACUCCCCGGGAUUCCUGUUCGUACGUUGAAACCCUGUUCUCCAUGAGGAUUUUUAAUCAGUAAAUCCUUCCCGACCUCCAGCGCGUACCUUUAUGAGGCCUGGAAACUUUGCAAGCAGCCAACGAGGAGCGAGUCUGAAGCAGAAAUCUUUUCGGGAGGUCUGCUCACUAAAUCGCCUAAUAUCUGCCAGCCUCAAGUGUAAAAUGCACACCUAAUACCACGGCGAUGGUACUUGGGGAUGGCGAGGAUCGUAUAGAGUGUGUAGGGCUGCGGCCCCCGGGCUGCGAGGGGCCGCGAGCGCUUGCCAGAGAGCGAGGGGCUCCCGGCCCCUGCGCGUGGCCUGAGCGUGCCCGGCCCUGCGGAGGGUGCGUGUGCGCGCGGGGCGGGAGAGUCCGCGCCGCACGCCAUCCAGUUGGGAACGCGCUGCGCACGUAAGGUACGAGAUUUGAGUUUGCAGAACAACUGUGAACAACUUGUGUUUUAGCUUUCCCCAGAGGGCUUAGGCAGAGUCCCCAGCAAAUCUGUUUUAAUUAAAGCAUGGGAUACAGAAAACAGCAAAGAACUUCAGCUAGUGCUUUGGUCUCAUCUGAAAUGUUACAGAGAGGAAGAGAGGAAGGGGAGAAGAGAGGCAGAAACAUCGGUUUGUUGCUCCACCCAUUCAUGCAUUCAUUAGUCGAUUCUUGUGUGUGCCCUGACCAUGGGCCGAACCCGCAACCUUCGCAUAUCUGACGAUACUCUGACCAACUGAGCUACCUGGCCAAGUCUCCUUUACAAAACUUUAAGGAUCAUGUACACACCUACAAAUUCUGUUAUAUUUAUUCCCCUCAAAGGAUUGAUUUGUGAAGUACAAGAGUUAAUUAAGCCCCGGCCUCUGACGGGUCCAGUAUACCAAAGGAAUGAGUGAAAUUCCCUCCAGUUGGUAAAGCUGUAACCAGACAGACACAGGAAGUCUAGCUGUCAAGUCAGCCUUCUGAUGUUCUGCCUGAUCCGUGUGAUCUUUGCUCUGCUCCAGUUUUCCUAGUGUCUUUGGAUCCAGCUGUCCUGCUGCCUCUUCCCACAGGCUGCUGUGUCAUGGCAUUCUCUCGGAGAGCCCACCCCUGAGUGCAAAGAAAUUUCAAGCAUAUUACUGCUGAAUGUUCAGUUGCUGAAAUUGAAGGCCUUUCACUCAGAAAAAAAUAAAUCAAGAAGAAGAACCUGAGCCACCUACUUCUGAGCUGCUGCGGAUGGCCCUGGCCCCCGUGACCAGCCUUCCCAGUAGGAUGUCGCUGAGAUCCCUCAAGUGGAGCCUCCUCCUGCUGUCACUCCUGAGCUUCCUUGUGAUGUGGUACCUCAGCCUGCCGCAGUACAACGUGAUAGAACGCGUAAACUGGAUGUACUUCUACGAGUACGAGCCCAUUUACAGGCAGAACUUUCGCUUUACCCUGCAAGAGCGUUCGAACUGCUCUCAUCAAAACCCAUUUCUUGUCAUCCUGGUGACCUCACACCCCUCGGAUGUGAAAGCCAGACAGGCUGUUAGAGUUACUUGGGGUGAAAAAAAGUCUUGGUGGGGCUAUGAGGUUCUUACGUUUUUCUUACUAGGCCAGCAGGCUGAGAGGGAAGACAAAGUGUUAGCAUUGUCCCUGGAGGAUGAACACCUUCUUUACGGUGACAUAAUACGACAAGACUUUUUAGACACAUAUAAUAACCUGACCUUGAAAACGAUUAUGGCAUUCAGGUGGGUAACCGAGUUUUGCCCCAAUGCCAAGUACAUCAUGAAGACAGACACUGAUGUUUUCAUCAAUACUGGCAAUUUAGUAAAGUACCUUUUAAAUUUAAACCAGUCAGAGAAGUUUUUCACAGGUUAUCCUCUCAUUGAUAAUUACUCCUAUAGAGGAAUCAUUUACCAAAAACACCGUAUUUCAUACCAGGAGUAUCCUUUCAAGGUGUAUCCUCCCUACUGCAGUGGGUUCGGUUAUAUAAUGUCCAGAGAUUUGGUGCCAAAAAUCUAUGAAAUGAUGAGUCACGUAAAACCCAUCAAGAUCGAAGAUGUUUAUGUUGGGAUCUGUUUGAAUUUAUUGAAAGUGGACAUUCAUAUCCCAGAAGACACAAACCUUUUCUUUAUAUACAGGAUUCAUCUGGAUGUCUGUCAGCUCAGACGCCUGAUUGCAGCCCACGGUUUUUCUUCCAAAGAGAUUAUCACAUUUUGGCAGGUUAUGCUAAGGAACACCACCUGCCAUUAUUAACUUGACAUUCCACCGAACACUGGGAGGAGGACGGAGCACCUGGUGUCAGGAGUUGGUGCUAUACAGUCUCUGACGGGGAGCUCGUGGGAAGGGCACUCUCCGGCUUACACGGAAAUGAAGCCCAUGGACCAGACAUUACAGGGUUACACUCUGCUUGUGUUAUAUUUGGACAGGAAUCAAGUCAGGCCCUUUAAAGAUGAUCUUGAGAAGAGUUCAACAGUGUUCUGUUAGUAGGACUAAACAAUUAGAACAUUUCAUUCUAUAGAACUUCUUAAAAGGAUCUCAUUGAAUUAUAAGCUCAUUUAGUUCAUAAGAACAAAGCAACGUGGCGCUUUAUUUAUUGAAUAGUCUCAUUAUUAAGGGUUUUAAACGUGUAUCUUUUAUGUGGAUUACCAAUAUUUAAAAAUAUAUAGUUGUGUAUAAAAACCUUAGAGUUACACCAAACAAAACUUCAUCUGUUUUUGGUCAUUCAGAAGGUAUUUCAACAUGUGGCAGUAUUUCAAAGUUAACAAUUAUUAUUUAAUACUUUUUAGAGUUAAUAUUUUAAGUGUUAUGGCUGUUUAAGUAUUAUGGUUGUUUCAAUACUGUACGAACACAAUAGUGAAUCACCUUUGGACUCUUUUUCCAUUACUUCACUAAUGAGUUAUUCACGGCUUCAUUAAUGUAGGGUCAUUAUCGUGUAUCAGUAAGCUCUUUGACUUUGAUGAAUAUUUUACUGUGGUGAUAUAGAGAAGAAUUAAAGGAAGAUCUGAAUUAUUGUCCUGUUUUGAAAAAUAUAGUCCCCAGUAUCUUUAAAUGUCACUUCAUCAGUCUCGUUUUCCACCUGGGAAUUAGGGAUAAUACAGAAUGCCGGGCAGUAUGUUUCCUUUUGAGAAGGACUCCAGGCAAAAAUGGCCAGAAUAUAAUGAAAGAGUGUUGCAUUCCAGGACUGAGGUUGGAAAGAGAAGACUGAGGAUUUGAGUUUCGUCACUUACCUGCUUCCUGUGUUUUCUCUAACAAUUGGUUUGAGAAUAAAGAGAAAAAAAAUUAAUGCUGCUGUAUUGUUACUAGUUUUCACAUCCAGAGGAAAGCCCUCGUGUGGUCUGAAAACCCCUGAUUUUCCUGUUGUGUGGGAGCACAUUUCUUUUUCCUUGGGAUGCAUCUUUUGUUGGAUCUACUACUCAGAGGCCAAAGGGGAUCACUCCUUGCCCCGUAUUUUUGGGAUUGUGCAAUUUCCUGUUAUGACUGGUAGGAGACGACUGCUUCCUUUUUUCUGGAUUACGUGAUGGUGAACAAUCACAUCCUUUGGCAGAAAAUAGAAACUUGGUACGUAUGUAGUCAGCUCUAAUACACAGAUAUUUGUAACUCUUCUAUAAGAGACAUUUGCAACUAGAACUGUUACAAUGUGUGAUUCUCUAAAAAGGCUAUUUCCAUUGUCCUAUUCUCAGGCCUGACCCAGUUAUAAUAAAAUCAAUUAAGUGAAAUAUUCUCUAGAAUUAAUCUACCCCCCCAUUCAUAUAGGAGUUACUUUCUUCAAGACAAAUGGUGGUUGGUUUAGUGGUAUGAUUAGAUUUGACCAAUUUUGUAGAAGUUUGUAUUGAUGUUUGGGAAGCUAACAGAAGUUUUUGAAAGAGAACUUCUAAAAUAAAAACCAAUUUCUCUUCAUUUUAAGAUAAGAUUAAA